GCCGAGCUCCGUUUGACUUGAGUUCGCAGCCCUCGCGUUUUUGGGGGGCUUAUUCCCGGCAAACAUGGCGACGGGGGCAGGCUGGCAGCCUCCGUACAGCACCUCGACGGGCAACACCAAAUAUGCCCCUUCCCCGACGUCCAGCGUGUUCUACGAGGGGAGUUUAACGCUGGAAUACACGCAGGACCUGCAUUUGAAGAUGAGCAAGAAGAUAGCCCAGCUUACCAAGGUCAUCUACGCUCUCAACACCAAAAAUGACGAGCACGAGGAGGAAAUCGAGUCUCUGAAAGAGGCCCACGAGGAUGAGGUCCAACACAUAGUGACAGAAACCAGAGACAAGAUCAUGCAGUACAAGAGUAAAAUGGCGGACGAGGCAGACCUGAGGCGACGGCUGGCCAGUCUGGAGGAAUCCGUCGAGCUGCACGAGCACAUGAAGAGACAGGCCUUGGCUGAGUUUGAGAUGUACAGACAGAGGAUGGAGGACUCACAGCUCUGCACCGAGGCCCAGCACACACAGAGAGUGGUUUCAAUGAGCAGAGAGGUGGAAGAGAUGCGUCGGGAUUUUGAGGAGAAGCUGCGAGCUUUCAGCCAGGCUCAGGCCCAGUUUGAGGCAGAUAAACGGCGAGCACUGGAGGAACUGAGAGCCACACAUCUGCAGGAGGUGGAGGAACUCCACAACAACCAGCAGAACCAAAGCGCCACCUCCACUGAGGACCAGGAGAAACUGGCUGAGCUCCAUAGACAAGAGGUGGAGGCAUUAAUGGAAAGAGUUGAGGAGAUAACAAAAGAUAAGGUUCGUCUGGUGGAGGAGUAUGAGGCCAAGCUGGCUAAAGCUCAGGAAUAUUAUGAGAGAGAGCUGGAAGCCAUGAGGAGAACACACCAGCUCACCACUGAGAACCUGCUGGCCUGGAAGAGGACUGAGGUUGAGCUCCGUAAGGAGUUCCAGGCUCAGGAGGCAGCACUGCAGCGUUCGCUGUCCAAGCUCAGGAGUGAGCUCCAGAAAGCCCAGGAGGAAGCGCGGGAGAAUCGAGACAAGACCAACAGGCUGCAAACAUCACUGGCCAAUGCCGAGGGAACCAUUAAGGCAUGGUUUUGCAAACCUGUACCGAAUGUUGCAUUGCUGCAGCAUAAUGACGCGUACAUGCACGUCCUUAUGUAUGUGCUCCAGAAUCUGCACAAGCAGCUUGAAGAAGCCAUCCAGGACGGAGAGAUCUGGGUGAUGCAGCUGAAGGACACCGAGUAUGAACUGGAAGGCAGCCGGGAACGGGUUCAGCAGCAGGCAACUGAAAUCCUCCACAAAGCCAGUCAGAUCGGUUCCUUGCAGGCCACCCAGAUGGCUCAUGAGGCAACCAUCAGGAACCUGGAUCAGGAGCAGUGCCGCCUCAGGGAUAAGAUCAGCAGGCUGGAGGAGGAGAGGGAGGCUGUCCUUAACCAGAGUCAGGCGGCCAACGAACAGCACAAACAGCAAGUGCUCAAACUGGAGCAGUCUCUACGUGAAGAGCACCAGGGCUAUGAGAAGGAGCUCUCCAGGUUGAGGGCGCACUAUGAGGAGGAGACCCUUCGCUUUAAGGAGGCGCAAGUCAGAGCACUGGAGGAGCUGGAGGAGAAGCACCGGGCCAUGAGGGACGAGGCUCAGCAUGAGAAAGAGGAGGAGAGGAAACACCUGAUUGCAAAACUGAGCCAGGAGUUUGAGAUCAAGCGCCUGUCAUUGGAGGAGCAGAGAGACCGUCUCCAACAGCAACUGGACAAUUUGAAAGAGGAGCUCUCAGCCAAAGUCAACAUGGCCAAUCAGGAAGUGUCACACCUCCAGGAGCUGGUCAGAGAGGGGGAGCAGAACCUGAACUCAGCUCAGACACAGAUCAACUGUCUGAAGGAAACUCAGGACAAGCUCAGGAUAGAGCUGGAUGCCACCAGGGCCCGGGUUCGGGAGACCAGCAACCUGCUGACCGACCUGCAGGAGGAAAUUGAAACCCAGAAACAGCAGCAUGAUGCCAGAGUGAUGUCCAUCCGAACAGAGGAGAAACAGAAGAUGGACAAGAUGGCAGAUGACUUGGAUCAGAAAUGGAGGGAUGCACUGUGCGAAGAAGUGCGCUUGUUAAAAGAGGAGUUAAAUGAGGAGUAUGAGGCAGACAAACAGGCAGCGCUGACUCAGCUCUCACAGCAGAAGGAGCUGGAGAUGAUGGCUGCUCGAGAGGGCUGGCAGAGGAAGGUCGAGGACCUGCUUGAACAGAUUGCUCUGCUGAAACAGUCCCUGGAGCUGCAGUUGUCUCAGUCUCAGUCGGCUCUCCAGCAGCUGCAGUCUCAAUUCAACCAAGAGAGAGAGCUGCUGAGCCAGCAGCUUAAAGAAAUGCAGAGAGAACAUCAGAGGCGGGAGCAUCGAUUACAGGAGGCUCACUGCUGUGCCCUCAGCACCAUGGAGGAAGCCAGGCAGCACCAGAUCAGAGCCCUUGAGGAACGUCUGAAGCAGGAGCAGCGGGAGGAGGUUCAUGCUCUGAAGGAGGCCCACAGGAGGACCUUAGAAAUCCUGCGGCAGCAGUCAGACCAGGAGCUGCAGACUCUGCGCUUUGAGCUGGAGGAUGAGGGGAAAGCGAAGCUGGCUUCUCUUCGUGCAGAGCUGAAUCACCUCCAUGCCACGGCCAUAGAGCAUCUAAAGCAGAUCCACAUUAAAGAGCACACUGCCGCCAAACGAGAAGUGGAAAAAGCUCUGGAGCACAGCCACCAGCAGGAGCAAGAACUCCUUGUUCGCAUCUCUGACCUGGAGGCAGAAGUGUGUUCCCGUAGUAACCGCAUCACAGAUCUGGACCAUGAGAUCCACUCUCUGAAUGAGACUAUCGACACUCUUACUAGAGAGCUGGAACUGAAGGGAAAAGAGGUGCUGCGGGUUCGCAGUGAAGCCAACCAUCAGAUUAGAGCCCAUGAACAAGACCUUACAAAGAGGCAUGAGCGAGAUCUAGGGGAGAUGAGUGCAGUUCAUCACAGAGAAACACAUAUCAUUUUGGCUGACUUCAACAAGGCCCAGGAGGUUCUCAAAGAUAAAAUUUCUGCUCUUCAAAUACUGUUGGAGGGUACAGAGGAGAAGUUAAGAAAUAGAGAAAGCAGACCAGAAGACCUGCACGUUAUAGCAGAGCUCAGAGAAAUGGUCACUGAAAGAGAAGCUCUGGUCAAAAAGCUUGUGGAUGACAAGAAGUUUUACCAGCUGGAGUUGGUUAACAGAGAGACGGGCUUCAACAAGGUCUUCAACUCCAGUGCCAACGUUGGUGUCAUCAAUCCCCUCAUAAAGUCAGCCCUCCGAUUCGUCAGCCCUCCCACCAUGAGUCAUGAAGGCCGGGAAGAGGAGGGACGAGAGGUGGAGGAGCAUCCUCCUCCUCAUCCUCCACAUCAUCCCAUGCUAAGCCUUGCUCUUCCUCAUGCUCCUCAGGACCCCCUUUUGCAGCAUCAGGGCCUGCAAAGCUUUAGGAGCCCUCCUGAAGCCAGCACUGUGACACCAUCAGGCCCAAGAGGGAUGGAGGCAGCAAAAGGCAGAGAAUAUGUUACAAAAGAAGAGGAGCAGUACUCCCAGUACUUCUCUUUCUGACUGGCAAAAAAACUCCCCAAUUCUUUAAUGAUGACACGGUCAGCAGUCAGCGAUCAAAGAGCAGCCAUUAAAAGUCCCUUGAUGGAUGGAGAAGGAUAUCAAAUAUUAGGUCUGAAUCCCAUCACUUCCAUUUGGCACUGAGAUCCCUGUGCGACUUCAACCUUAGGGCUUCCAUACAUGGUGAGCAUGACGGGAUAGCGUGACAUGUUGGUGUUUUCGUCCUGAAUGUGUAUGAAAACAUUAGCUGUUCCUAAGUUGUCCUGUCAUUUACACCAUCUGCUGUUCUGCUAGUGUGGGACAUUUGGAUGAGCCCUGCCACUUCACAAAGCAGCUGAAACGUGGUGACAAUUUCAGUCGAAGAAGAAGUUUGUGUGAGUCACUUUUUAUGCACCAAUUAACACCACAAAACCAGUGUAAAAUAGUCCAGGCUUAAACACUUCAGAAUUCUCUGUGACAGUCAAGUCAUUUGGAUGAUCAACAGAUUUGUUUUUCAGAAGCCUCUGUAGUUCCCUAUUGGAGUAAGAAUACGUUCAUUCCUGAAAAGAAAGAACAGACAGUACAGUGUAGGUGGCAAAAACUUUUGCUCAUGCAGAUGUUGACGAACUGCAGGAGAGCAGUGUGUGAGUUUUCCUCUUCAUCAGUGUGUCUUAAAGCUAAAAGUCUGACUGGGAGCUCCUUCAGAGUCCAGACUGAGUGCAUAACAAAUGAGUAAUGCCUUGAUACUCACCAUUAGUCUCUUAUGUAGUUCAUCCAUUUGCAGUCUAAUACGUGUAAGAGGAAAAGGGACAGAUGUUGCAGUCAUUUCUGGUUGUGUUUUUGGUCUCCGUAGUGAGAUAAACGACAGUAAAACCACAAUAUUGACACCAGCAAAAAAAAGAAAGAAAAAGAACGGCUUUAGCUUUCUGUCCCUGUACUUUUACGUGAUAUAUAAUGUUCAUUUUCUUUCUGAGGGGUGCUUGGUUUUAACUUUUUAGACAUCUCAACGGUUCAAGAGGGAAACAUCGGAACAAAAGAAUACAUUUUUACACCUGUUUUUCUAUGGUCUGUUUUUGAUACCAGGGGAUCAGAGAUGUAAAUGGUAGGAGUUCUGUCCGUGACACACAGACGUUGAUUGACUCAAAACCUCUUUUUUUUUACUCUUAAAUGCCAAGAUUUCAUGGCGAGCGAGGAGUCAGGGACUGAACUCUACUGGUGCAUCUCUACCGGCGAGGCAGACCAUAGAGCAUGUGAAAACAGAAACGCUCACAUCUCCACUUUUCAGUGACCUGUGCUGGAUUCCAUUCAGUAAUCUGUACAGUUUCCAAACUGCAUGGGCAUCAUCAGCCUGAGAAAAGUGGGCAGACAGACACGAGUUUCAGAGUUUCCUUCCUGCCAGAGUCCAUUUCGCACAUUUCAGUUCAGCAUGAUGAACACUCGUCUUCCUAACAGAAUCGGCUGAGGCUUCAGUGGCUCAGAAAGUGUUUGCACUUUCACUGUUUGUACGGUUUAGAGCUUUUCAGACACCAGAACUGAUUAUGUCACCCCGUACAGAGUCAUUUCAGAGAAUUGACUUACACCUCUCCGGCACCGUCUCUACCAAAAUGAACAUUUUUAGGUGAAAUGUUUUUAUUGACUUUCAUAAGCCCCAGCAAAUAUUCAGCCAAGGUGGGACUUUUUAAAUCUUGAUCUUACUCGGUGCAUAGAUCCUCAUGUCUGGAGACUGAUAUCGAUCUCAUUUGACUUUACAUGGGGACAAUGGGAGGGGUAUUUCACCCACAGAACUAAGCUCAAUCAUUCAGUGAAGAGUAAAACACUUUUGACAGCCAGGUUGUUUGCAGACAUGCUUUGAACCUGUCACAUGAGGAAAUCAGACUGUAAAUACCCCAAAGGAUCCCCAGUUACUGUAGUGAUGUGGCCUGCUGGGAAUGGGGCCACUGUCAGCAGAAUAGUGACACUGAAGCUGAGGUUGUGCUGAAUGUCUUCGAAGCUGUUAUAACUGUAAAUACUGCCCUGUAUAAAGGACUAAUAAAAGGAAAUUCCACUGACCUCUAUGACACUGAACCACAGUUGGUUCAUUCCUCCAUGCACACUGUGAAGUUUAGAUUUAUUCUACUGUAUGAUUUCUGACAUUUUGGCUGGUGGGUCUGCAUCUGUCGGUGCUCCUUCUUUUCUUCAUUUCUCAUAUCCAAUUCUACUGAAUCAUCUUCAGAUUUUCUUUAGCUGAAUAUUUCAGCAAUCCUUUGUUUGUCUUCUUUCCUGUCUAGAUAUUUGGUCUAAAAUAAAACAAAAGCUGGAACCAAGACACACAUCCUGUAGGAUUGUAAUGCCUCACACGAUCGUUAAAGGACUAUUUCAAUAUUUAUUUGUUAAUAAUAAAUUUUGUUAUAAAGUAUAAAGUGUGUUAUAUUGCUUUUCAUCCUGUCGCCAGUUCAGCACAGAUCACUUUACUUUGUUUUAAAAUAAUACCUAAAUGUUGCUGAAAAUAGAUCAUUGUGACUGUCUCUUUGCUUUUAUGGUCUGGUUUCCACAAGCAGAACAUAAUAUAUUUGUUUUAUUACUUCCUUACAGCAGGUUUUAGUUCACAUAAAUGUAUAUAAAUUAUUUUAUUUAGUUCUUCCUUGAAAAACAUCAAUUUAUCUGCACUUCAUUUGAUUUUGUCAUGAGCUGUCCUUUUGAGUUAAUCGUUUAAUUCAAACUUGCAAAAAAGUGGAUGAAGGUAUUUUGGCCUCAACAUCACAUUAAAUUAAUUUGUCUAAAUGUUUAAUUAACUGAACUGAAAGUGAUCUGAUGUCACCUCAUGGCUUGUCAUUUGAUCAUCUCUGUCUUGCUGUUUUUGACGUAAACGCACAUAACAGUGAUAUCAAUAACAAUAUAUUUAUAUCAUUUCUGUUGUAUGUUAUGGAACUAUAAAAUUCUGAUUGUAAG